AUGGUACUCAAGUCGCCCAUUGCACUGGACCAAUUGAAAUUCAACGUCCCCGUGCCCUACAAAUUGCACGUAAACCGAGAGCUGCUGGAUGUCACCAGGCAGAAGCUGGCGUUGGCGCGCUACCCUGAAGAGCAGUCGGACUUCGGCUCAAACAAUUGGGCUCAAGGCGCUAAGGUCUCCCGCGUGAAACAGCUUGCGAAGCACUGGCAGGACAAGUACGACUGGGACGCCCAGGAGAAAUUACUCAACGAUGCUUUUAAUCACUUCAUUGUGAAACUUGAUGUCCCUGGAUAUGGCUCUCUGGUGCUACACUACACUCAUACACGGGCUUCCAGUAGCAAAGCAAUCCCUCUCUUGUUUUCGCAUGGCUGGCCAGGGUCUUUCGUGGAGGCACUUCGAGUCGUUGAGCCGUUGAGCAAACCGAAGAAUACCGAAGACCAAGCUUUCCAUGUUGUCGCCCCUUCAAUACCCGGUUUCGGCUUCUCCCCAGCGCCAGUCAAGUCCGGAGUUGGACCGAACGUUGUCGCUCGCGCCUAUAAGAUCCUGAUGACGGAGGUCUUAGGGUACCCGAAAUUUGUCACCCAAGGAGGAGAUUUUGGAUCUUUCAUUACUCGCUCGGUGGCCAUCCAGUAUCCGGAGUUAGUCAGAGCUCAGCACUUGAAUAUGUUCCCCGUGCCUCCGCCAACUCUUUUCUCGGCACCCGCCGCAUAUCUCCGCUGGUGUUUCUCCGCGUUCACGUACUCGGCCUUCGAGCAUAAGGCCCUUCAGGUGCGAAGAAAUUUCGAGCAUGAUCAGAGUGGCUAUCUAGAACAACAAAAGACGAGACCUCAGACUCUAGGCUUUGCUUUAGGUGAUUCGCCGGUGGGUUUGCUCGCCUGGUUCGUGGAGAAGAUCCACGACUGGGCCGAUGUGCAUGAUGCGUUCAGCGACGACGACACGAUCACAUUGGUUAUGAUGCACUGGAUUCAGGGAGCGACCCCUGCUCUGCGAUUUUAUAGGGAGGCGUUCGGCCGCGGCAUGCACGAAGCUGAAAAGACGUUUGAGUCAUAUGUUUCUGCUCCAACCGGCGUUAGCAUGUAUGCGAAGGAACAGCUCCAUUGCCCACGCGACUGGGCAAAUCAGGCCGCCAACAUUCAGUUCUGGCGUGAACAUGAGAAAGGUGGUCACUUCUCAUCCUUGGAGCGCCCAGAUAUUUUCGUGAAAGAUAUCCGAGAUUUCUUUUCAUCCGAGACUGUUAUUAAUUCGUGGGCUCGCGCAUAG